CCCCCCCGCAGCUCCGGGCUGAGUGGUCGCGCCCAAGAUGGCGGGUGCGGUUGCGGGUGGAGACGGGGCCGCCGCUGUUGUUGUUGGCGGCGCCGGUGACCGGUUACACUUUAAUCUGAGCGUCCCGUUCCCCUCAGUGAGGGAGGCACAGAUCGCCCUGGGAUCUCUAAGCCCGGACUGUGAGCCACGGAAAGGAGGCAUCAGCAGGACUCUGUCUGUGCAGGGUUGCACACUGCAGGGCCGCUGGGUGGCACACGAGGCUCGCAUUCUCCGCGUGUCCGUCAGCUCCUUCCUCGACCACCUCUCCCUGGUGCUGGAGACCAUGGAUCGCUUUGGGCCUCCGAGCACCAGCUAGUCUCCGGACCCCGGGCCCCUGCACUUCCCCCUCAGCUGGUGUGGAGGGGAGGAGGGGGGGGGUGCCUGGACCCAGGACACAAGGCCAGCCAGCGUCGGGUGGAACUGAAUCGUGGAUGCAAGAGUCGCCUCUCCUCUCAGCAGGGCAACUGAACCCCACAGGACCGCCUGUUUAUCCAGCUCACCCCACCCUGCAGGAACCCACCCCCUCACCCUGCAGGAACCCCCUCCCCACUGUGGAGCUGGUGUACUCGGGGAGGGGCAAGCGAGGAAAGAGACAACCAUACUCUCCCUCCCCUGGGCAAGGGACGGGGAGAUCGGAGCGGGAAUCCAUUCCCAAUCGGUCUUUGGUCUCUGGAUUUGCUCUGAUUUACUUUGUCGUGGAAUAAAGGUGAAUUUUGACAA